AAAACAAAGGGGAGCAAGGGUGAGUACAAACAAAUCGUACUCAGCAAACUAUUCAUACACUUUCAUAUAAAUUGUAAAAUACACUAAGUUUUGAAAAUACAAACAGAGCAUUGUUGUUAAGUAAUUAAGCAUAUUAAAACACAUGGUGCCACACAUGAAAGUGACUUUCUCAACCUGGAAAUCACAUGGGUGAAUAUUCACACUUUUACGCUCUUAAGAGGGGUACUCCGAUACCGACAGCCUCGACCAGAACCACACAGGUUCCAGAACAAGCAGAGACCUUUGACCCGCUAAGACACCGGACACCCUGACCUACUCACGUCGAUCGCUCCUACGAAUCCAUCACCGACAUUUUCCAUUCAAGGGCCGCCCCUCGCGAAGAACUCAGACAGUCCCAUACCUGAACUGUAACCGGUACAAUACGAUCACCUUCGUAGACCAAGUUUUCUUGAGUUCAUUUCCAUGUCGAAUGUACGUGCUAAGCCCGGCUCGUACCGGUGGCUCCUACGGAUCCAUCACUGUGUACCGACACCAGCGCAUUAGCCCCAAUAUAUCGACAUCAAUCUUGUACCAUCUCGGUAUCAUGUAAAUUAUCAACAAAGCAUAUAUCACAAAAUAUACAAAAGAUGCAAGAAGAGCUUGCCUCAAUAAUCUACGCUGUAGAUACCAAACAACACUGGCUCCAGAUACCCGGUUUGGCGUACAAGCUCAAACACCAGUACACCAAAAGAAUACCACCAUCGCACGCAGUGGCGGAGCUAGGAAAUUAUGAAAGGGUGUGUCGGGACUGCAGUGUAUGCUAUGCAGGCCGCCCUGUUGAGAUUCAGAGAAAGGGGUGUAGCGUUUCCGACAAUACCGUUUCAGAUAAGGAACGGCCACGAUGGCUCUCAUGGGUGGAUCACCACCGUUGGAUCGCAGUCACUAAACUGGCCAGCCUAUAAACAGCCGGGUUGUGGCUGGAGAGAAUCAUUAUCGAUUUCCCAACUUGCCUUGCGAGCUACGGCUUGAACAAGAACCCUACAUUUACUUCCAAAGUAAUACAUCUGAGAUCUCGCUUCUCUCCCGAUAAUCUCCUCAAAUUAGCUAUAGAAAUCUGUUACUCCCUCUCGGGUCCUGACAAAUUGGUAUACAGAGCCAUCGUUCCUUGGAGCAAUUUUUUCCCCUCUCAGAUCCGGGAUUCCCACCCUUCCCUCCCUUCUUCGGCGACCGGCGACAAGGCGUGACGGCGGGGAUGUGGUAGUUGGCGACGGUGUGGUGGCGCUGGCGGCGGUGCUUAUUCGGGCACAGAUUGGUAGAGCAGAGGCGGUUGUUCGAGCAAAUUGCUUGAUCUGUAAAAUUCCACGCUCUAGCACCGAUCCGUGUGCCAAGGAGGCAUGGAGCGCGGCGGCGGCAGGAUCGAGAGUAGGGAACGGGUUGCUGGCAGUCCAGUAGUAAAAUUCCUUAUUCCUACUUCAGAUCAAGGAGAUGGGACGCGGUAAAGGAAUUGAUGAAGCAGAUCUGCUCGAGGUGCUCUCACUGCGCGACGAUUUUGGAGUUCUGCAAAAAGAGAGUGCUCAGGUACAGUCACAAGUGUCGAAACUACAGACAGACGUGCAGGCUAUUGGAUCCAAGCAAGGGGAAAUUUCAGCUACUGUAGGAGAGGCUGAAAAAGUGGUCAUAGAUCUGGGUAAGCAGCUGUCGGUGAUCAGCAGUGUUCUCCAAACACUGGUCAAAACAACUCAGCAGGCUCAACAUUCAGACCACCCUUCUAGCUCGAUGGAAGUGCCCAAAUCUCCUACACUGAACCAAGAUCAAACACAGGAACAAGAGGCUCGACUUGAGCAACUAAGGAAACAAUUGGCUGCUGAGAGAGAGAAAUCCAAGCAAAUGGAAGAUACUCAACUUCAGAAUCUUCCUCCUAUUCGCACAAACCAAGCUAAUGGACCACCUGGUUUUGUCCAGCAGAGCAGACAGGAAGCACACCACUCUGGUAGUACUCCACUGACAGCUAGGCACAAUGCCCAGACACCUGCAUUCAAUCAUUUCUAUCAGAACAACAGAGACAGACAGAUGUGGCAGGGGUAUCACAGAACUUAUGAAUUAGAUAUGCAAGCUCAAUUCAUGAAAGCACUGACUAAAGGGCCCAAAUUGGAAUUCCCUAGAUUCUCUGGUGAAGAUCCAAUGGGAUGGAUCAGGCAGUGUAACAAGUAUUUUCAGAUGUCUGCUGCACCUGAAGAAUAUAAGGUCUCCCUUGCUCAAAUGUACAUCAUUGGAGAAGCUGACACAUGGCUUAGGAGAUCUGGACUGCUGAAGAAGCAGUUGUCUUGGACUCAGUUUGGGAAGGAAGUCAUUAAAAGAUUUGCAGAACAUGGAUCCUAUGACUUAACUGAGAAAUUUAACUCACUUAAACAAGGAAACAACACUGUCUCGGAAUACACCAAGAGCUUUGAAGAUCUGAUGGCAGAUGUGUUAGAAGAAACACCUGAACUUGGAGAGCAGUGGUUUGUGAGAUGCUUUGUCAAUGGUUUGAGAGAGGGAAUUAAAUUCCAAAUCAGACCACUCAGACCACAGUCACUAACAGAUGCCUACUGUUUAGCCAAAGAGGUUGAACCAAAUCAUCCACCAGCAAGCACAGUACAAAAGAAGCAACAGAGUUCUUUUGAAAACUUCUAUCAGAAGAACAAUAACAACUUCCAGAACAAGAGCAGUACCACAACAGCUACUCCACAACGAAGUGGGCAAAUCAAACAGCCUGAAAGUACCAAUAACAACCCUCAGCGAAUUAGAAAGGUGGGUGAAUGUUGGAGAUAUGGAGACAAGUGGAUGCAUGGUCACAAAUGCAAGCUCAUUCCUAAUAUUCAUCUGUUGCAACAAGAAAUGGGAGAACAACAGGAAGAUAUAGAAGAUAAUCCUCCUCAAGAGCAAGAGGAAAUUCAAGAGGCAGGAGAUCAAGCCAUGUUUAUCACUGCUCAUGCUAUGGGACAACAGCUAGCCGUUCCUACACCAACUGUUAUAAUCCAUAUCAAUGGUAAACGAGCUGUAGCCUUGUUGGAUUCUGGGAGUUCAUCAUCCUUUAUGAAUCAGGAAUUUGCUGUGAAGGCAAACUGCCAUCUGCUGCCAGUAAAACCUAGAGCAAUAGCAGUAGCAGGAGGAGGGAAAUUAAUAUCAAAUGCUGUCAUCCCAAACUGUAAAUUUCAGUUAGCAAAAACAACACUACAACACAGUUUCAGAACCUUGCCUCUACCUAGUCAUGAUGUCAUACUAGGUUAUGAUUGGUUCACUAUGAUGAGUCCUGUUUCUUUCAACAUACCUGAUAACACCUUCAGUUUCACUAUGAAGGGAAAGCAAACAGUGACUGCUGCUAUAUUCAACACUCCUGAGAAAGUAAAGGAAAUCCCAGCAGAGGAAGUGAGUAAACUGUUGGAUAAAGGAGCAGAAGGUUUCUCACUACAGAUGCAUAAUAUUGUAAUGGAAGCACCUGCUGGUUUUCAAACCCCUCCCCAAUUACAGAAGUUACUCAUGGAAUAUGCAGACCUAUUUGAGGAACCACAUACCCUUCCACCUCAUAGAGAGUGUGAUCACACAAUACCCUUACAACCUGGAGUGGAGCCCCCUCAUUCUAGACCAUAUAGGGUACCACAUCAUCAAAAACAGGAAAUGGAAGAUCAAAUCAAGAAAAUGUUGGCUGCUCAUUUCAUUAGACACAGCCAGAGUCCAUAUGCAGCUCCUGUCAUAUUAGUGAAGAAAAAGGAUAAUUCUAUGAGGUUAUGCACUGAUUUCAGGAAACUCAACUCCGUCACUGUGAAAAACAAAUUCCCCAUACCAGUAAUAGAAGAUUUACUGGAUGAAUUGCAUGGAGCUCAGUAUUUUUCUAAGUUGGAUUUGAGAGCAGGAUGCCACCAAAUUAGGAUGCACCCUGAUGAUAUACAUAAAACGGCUUUCAGAACUUUUUUGGGGCAUUUUGAAUACCUGGUGACGCCCUUUGGCCUGUCUAAUGCACCAGGCACCUUCCAAUCAUUAAUGAACAGCAUUUUUGGGCCCUAUUUGAGAAAGUUUGUACUAGUUUUCUUUGAUGACAUACUCAUUUACAGUAAAACUCUCAAAGAGCACAUGGAACACAUUGAGCUAGUGCUUAAACUACUAAAGGAAAACCAGCUAUGUGCUAAACUAUCCAAGUGUGUAUUUGCAGUCCAACAAGUGGAAUACCUAGGACAUGUGAUAUCUGCACUCUGCAGCAGGAGUGGCAACUGACCCACAG